AUAAAUUUUAUGAGAUUCUUAUUGGUGUGGUUCCAAAUCCAACCAGUGGCACACAAGUUGGAUUCUUUGGAAUUUUAAGGCUAUAUUAUGAUUUACUUAAACGUUGGUUAAAUCAAUUACAACAUAAAAAACCUAAUGAAAUAGUUGGGAAUUUUAGUGACGUCGAAGAUCCAAGUAUAUGGACCAUUAUUGAAGAAACAGAAGCAAAUGGAUUAUUCAAACGAUCUGGUGCUGCAGAUGAUGAUGCUAGUAAUAUAAGAAAUGAUGAAUCUUUACUCAAUAAUAAUUCUGGGAUCAAAUUGUCAUAUUCUUCAAACAGAAAUGAUCAUAAAUCGGAUUAUACGUGCAUUAUUCAUGUGCUUGAACGUGGGGGUAAAGAAUUAAUUAAGUUCGACACAGAACUGCAAAAUUCUCUGUCGAUUGUUGAAAGUGUAAGAUUGUCAAACCUUCAAAAAUCAGGGAAAGACGUUCUUCUACGCCUCGUUGAAAGCGAAAAUCCAACUGAUGCGGCUAUAUGGGCUCGAUGCUUCCCAAAUUUCAUUAAAAUUUGCACAGAAUAUUGCCCUGUGACAGUAGCGAUAUGUAGAAACAAUAUUUGUGCUCGUAUUGUACAAAUGCAAAUGGCUAUUGUCACAGCCGGUGAAAGUCUUUCGCGUACACCCACAGCAACUUUAACGGUACCGAGAUUCCAUUAUCAAAAGGUAAUUUUGUCUGCAACGGAUGGACUCAUUGAGCAAUGGAGAUCUUAUUUAAUUGUCGCUUGUUCCACUAUUACUUCAAUUGACGAGUUAGCAGACCAAAAAUCGUCAUCUCAUGCUCGUAAACGAACAGCUCUAACUGAACGUAUUGGUUCCGCUAGAGACCUAUUCCGUAUGAUUUUACCUCUUCUCACAUCAGAACAUUCCACAAUAAGAGAAUCUGUUGUAACCGCCUUGGGAAAUAUUAACGAAAAUGUUUAUAAAGUUUUGCUUGAAGAUAUGCAACCUUACUUCAAAUCA